AUGGCUAAAGAUACUUCUGGUGAUGAAUCACAUCCAAAAAGGCAGGGACUCUUGAAAGAUCAAGUCAGAUUAACUAAGAAAAAGGACUCUGGUCGCUUUGAGAUAGUUCCAAUCCAAAAUCCUUUGUCAUUUGAGAAGGGAUUCUUUGUUGUUAUACGUGCCUGCCAAUUGUUAGCACAAAAGAAUGAUGGAAUGAUACUGGUAGGUAUAGCAGGCCCUUCAGGAGCUGGGAAGACCAUUUUCACUGAAAAAAUUCUCAACUUCAUGCCCAGCGUUGCUGUCAUAUCAAUGGACAACUACAAUGAUUCAAGCCGAAUUGUCGAUGGCAAUUUUGAUGGUUUGUUGACAUUUGCAAUUGUCUAUCGCAUUCCUUCACACCUGAUUUUAGUUUUAGAACAUGUUGUCUUGGUUUCUGGAAAUGAUAUUAACUUGAGACAAACUGGGUUGAGCACUUCACAAAAUGUUGUUACUGUUAUGAAAGAGCACUUCUCUAGUGUUAUGGGGUGUGGAGAUGUGGAUGCUAGCAUGAGACACAUGGAGAAGUAUAGACAUGCCUACCCACGCUUGACGGACUAUGACACAUUGCUCAAGAAUCUUCAUGAUUUAAAGGCAGGGAAACCAGUUGAGGUUCCAAUCUAUGAUUUCAAGUCUAGCUUGCGAACAGGAUACAGGACACUUGAAGUACCAUCUUCUCGUAUAGUGAUUAUCGAAGGAAUUUAUGCGCUAAGUGCAAAUUUGCGACCUUUGUUAGACCUGCGAGUAUCUGUAACCGGGGGAGUUCAUUUCGAUCUUGUAAAACGAGUUUUAAGGGACAUCCAACGUGCUGGCCAAGAACCAGAGGAAAUAAUUCAGCAGAUAUCUGAAACGGUAUAUCCAAUGUACAAAGCCUUUAUCGAGCCAGAUCUCCAAACAGCGCAUAUAAAAAUUAUAAACAAGUUCAACCCCUUCUCUGGAUUCCAAAGUCCAACUUACAUAUUAAAGUCAGCAAGGAAUGUGACGGUAGAUCAGAUCAAGGCUGUUCUCUCUGAAGACCAUAAAGAGACAACGGAGCAGAUUUAUGACAUAUAUCUUUUACCACCUGGUGAAGAUCCAGAAUCUUGCCAGUCGUAUUUGAGGAUGCGAAAUAAAGAUGGCAAAUACAAUCUCAUGUUUGAGGAAUGGGUUGCGGAUGUUCCAUUUAUCAUAUCGCCAAGGAUCACCUUUGAAGUCACAGUUAAACUCCUAAGUGGCCUUAUGGCCUUGGGAUACACAAUAGCUGCAAUCCUUCAAAGAAGUAGCCAUAUAUUCUCUGAUGAUAGAGUUUGUGUGAAAAUUGAUUGGUUAGGACAACUGAAUCGUCAAUAUGUUCAGGUGCAAGGAAGAGAUCGCUUGGUUGUAAAAUUCAUUGCAGAGCAGCUAGGUUUGGAAGGUUCAUACACUCCACGUACCUAUAUAGAACAGAUUCAACUGGAAAGGCUUGUAAAUGAGGUCAUGGCUUUGCCAGAUGACUUGAAGACAAAGCUCAGCUUAGAUGAGGAGCUGGUUUCAAGCCCCAAAGAAGCACUUUUGCGAGCCUCUGCUGAUAGGGUUGCCAGGAGACUUAAGAAUGUCAGAAGCGGUAUGUCACAUUCAUAUUCCUCCCAAAGGGACAAGAACUUGUCCAAGCUUACAGGGCUUGCUGCAACCAGCAAUAGGUUUGAUGAUAGAAAUCUGGAGUCACCAGCUGCCAUAGCCAACCAGGGAGCCAUAACUCAACUUUCAGAACAGAUUUCUUCACUAAAUGACAGAAUGGAUGAGUUCACAAGCUGUAUUGAAGAGUUAACUUCCAAGUUAACGGUCAAGAAGAAUUCUCCUAGCCAACAAAACAUGGCUCUCCAAGCUGAAGUGUGCAAUGGUUCUGCUCCAACCUCUUACUUCGUAUCUGGUUUAGGCAAUGGUUCCUUGACUGGAUCCAGAAUGCCCAAUUCCUCAUCUUCAUCCCAGUUGGCUAAGGAGUCACCUUUUGUGGAGGAGAUUUCAGGAAUUGCCCGGGCACAACGUCAAGUCAUGCUUCAGUUAGAUACGUUAAGCAACAUUGUUCGUGACAGCUUGGGAGAGAGGUCACAGGAAGUAAGGAAAAACAGGAAUAGCUUGAUUGUCCUUGAUGGCCAGGCUCCCCUUAUUGCAGCGUUGGCUUUUGGGUGCGUUGGAGUAUUUUGGUUUGUUCGAACCAGAAAUGGACUCUAG